AUGCCCAUAAAGCCAUUCUCCUUUCCUCUCCCAGAAACACGAUUUUUCCAUACCACGAAAUAUGUGUACAAGUUCAAAAUACGAUACAGUGCCCAUUUUUGCUCAGAAGACACAGAAAAUAAGUAUGUUAUGAGUGAAUUAUUGGAUUCUAUAAGGGCCAUACUUGGCAGCCAUGAUAAUUUACAACCUUUCUUAACAAAACAUUUCAUUAUUUUUCCCUAUAAGAGUGAAUGGGAAAGUGCGUCUCGUCUAAAGUUCAAACACUGUCAGUCAUUUCUCCAGCCAUUUCCAUAUGUCUUCACAAUAUAUGUGGAGCCUUAUGCUUUAGUUUACGGAACAUCAGAAAAAGCAACACUGAAGUUACAGGUGCCUCAAUGGGAUCCAGAUCCAGAGCGAGGCACCAACGAGCCCAGGUGUCCCAGGCUGCUCAAUUGGCGCGUCUAG